CGGCCCGCAUGCUCGGGCCGUGAGUCAUUGUUUCCGCCCGUCCUGGUGCUUUUGGAAGCGGCCGCUCUGUUCAAAGACCGGAAAGGGUGGGAUGUGGGUUUUACAGUGGGGUCGGCCCCAGUUCCCCAGGGCCCGCGUAGCCACUUCCCCUGCCGUGGGUGGCCAGGAGGGUCGUGCCCGGGCUCAGACAGUGGGGCCGUGGUGCUUUUCUUCCUCAGGAAUGCUUCGAAAACUGGACAUCAAAAACGAAGACGAUGUCAAAUCCUUGUCACGAGUGAUGGUCCAUGUUUUCAGUGACGGCGUAACAAACUGGGGCAGGAUUGUGACUCUCAUUUCUUUUGGUGCCUUUGUGGCCAAACACUUGAAGAGCAUAAACCAAGAAAGCUGCAUCGAACCAUUAGCAGAGAGUAUCACAGAAGUUCUCGUACAAACAAAAAGGGACUGGCUAGUCAAACAAAGAGGCUGGGAUGGGUUUGUGGAGUUCUUCCACGUAGAGGAUCUAGAAGGCGGCAUCAGAAAUGUGCUGCUGGCUUUUGCGGGUGUUGCUGGAGUAGGAGCUGGUUUGGCGUAUCUAAUAAGAUAGCCUUGUACGUGCAAUAGUUGACUGUUAAACAACCCCAGGCACCAAAACAAUAUACUUCUGUGAAAUCAAAGUAUUUAUGAAGCUGGGCUUGAAGGUGUCCAAGCAGCAACUUCAAAGAGGCCAGAAAGCAAGAAAAUGAUGGCUACCGGUAAUGGGAAAAGUAGUCCCCUUCGAGAGUCGCAGUCUGAAAGAAGCAGAGGGCAGUUUCAGCAACAUGCAAACUGCGAGACCAUGAAAGACUUCCAGAUUUAGUGAAGGUGUUAGGGUGGAAGGACUUGAUUUCUUUGUGUAGAACCAGAGGAGUGGCCAGUAGCCAGCUAGUCAUAGAAGC